GCUGGACGGCGCAGGCGCGGGCGCGCGCGCCGAACUCGGACUGCAGGGGUGUAGGCCUCCGCUCAGGGAAGAGCGAGCGAGCGUGAGAGCACCGCGCAGGCGCAGUCCCUCCGGAGCGCCUUUCGUUCGCUUAAUUCCUCCUCCUCCUCCCCCCUCCCUCCUCCUCCCCCCCCUCAUCCGCGGAGCGCGCGCGCCAUGGACGUGAAGCGGCUGAAGGUGACGGAGCUGCGGGCCGAGCUCGGGCGGCGAGGCCUGGAUUCGCGCGGCUUGAAAGUGGAGCUGGCCCAGCGGCUCCAGGAGGCCUUGGACGCCGAGAUGUUGGCGGCCGGGCCUGAGGAGGCCGGGGCGGAGUCGGCAGCCGCGGCGGCGGCCGGGCAUAGCCUCGGCAGGCCCCGCUUGGGAGGCGGCGAAAACAACGAGGGCGGCGGCGACGACGAAGAAGACGAGGAGGACGAGGAAGAGGACGAGGACGAAGAAGCGCUGCUGGCCGACGAGGAGGAGCAGCAACGGGAGGCGGCGGCGGCGAGCGGCGGCCAGGCCCAGGCCCAGCCCCAGCAGGCCGGCGAGCAGCACGAAGGCCAGGCCCAGCCCGGCGGCAGCGGCGGCGGCGGCGGGGUCAACGGCGCCCAGCGGCCUUCGAAGGAGGAAGGAGGCGGCGGCGGGGUUGGCGAGGAGGCGGCGGGAGAGGCCGCGGCCAAGGAGGGAGCCGAGCAAGAGGCAAAUGAGGAUGAUGAGAAAGCAAAGCAGGCUGCACCAGACGGAGAACACCACGGACUAAAAAGACAGCGGGAUGAAAAGGACGAGCACGGCCGUGCUUACUAUGAGUUCCGAGAGGAGGCAUAUAAUAGCCGAUCCAAGUCUCCACCACCACCAGAGGAGGAGGCUAGAGAAGAGGAUGAUGAGAAUACUGUGAUCCUGGACACAUAUACAUCCGAUCUCCACUUCAGAGCUACCAAGGACCGCUACGGAGGCCAGCCUCUGUUCUCCGAGAAGUUCCCUAAUCUGUGGUCUGGGGCAAGAAGCACACAUGGAGUGAAAAAGGGGAAGGUCUGCUUUGAGGCAAAGGUGACACAAAACCUCCCGCUGAAGGAAGGGUCCACAGAGAACCAGUUGCUUCGCGUUGGAUGGUCUGUUGAUCUCUCUCGUUCACAGCUAGGUGAGGAUGAGUUUUCUUAUGGCUACGAUGGACGAGGGUUGAAGGCUGAAAAUGGGCAAUUCGAAGACUUUGGUCAGCCCUUUGGGGAGAAUGAUGUGAUCGGUUGCUUUGCUAACUUUGACAGUGAAGAGGUGGAGCUGUCCUUCUCCAAGAAUGGGGAGGACCUAGGUGUGGCCUUCCAGAUCAACAAGGAGCUGCUCGGCGACCGAGCUCUUCUGCCGCAUGUGCUGUGUAAAAACUGUGUCGUGGAGCUGAACUUCGGCCAGAAAGAGGAGCCUUUUUUUCCAGUUCCUGAGGACUUCGUCUUCAUCCAUGCCGUCCCCGUUGAGGAUCGAGUGCGCACUCCCCUGCCACCCAAAACCCCUGGAGAGUGUGAGGUGCUGCUUAUGGUUGGGCUGCCAGGAUGCGGGAAAACCCACUGGGCACAGAAGCACAUCCAGGAGAAUCAAGAUAAGCGCUACAACGUCUUGGGAACAGGCAUUGUUCUCUGCCAAAUGAGGACAAAGGGCACUGAAGUUGAAGAGGUCCUGGACACUGCAGCUAAAGACCAACUGCUUCAGCAAGCUGCCCGUUGUGUUAGUAAACUGGUCCAGAUUGCCCCCAGGACAAAGCGAAACUUCAUUCUCGAUCAGUGUAAUGUGUACAAUUCUGGGCAACGGCGGAAGCUCCUCCCUUUCAAGGGUUUUGUGCGCAAGGUGAUUGUGUUGGUUCCCACCGAAGAAGACUGGGAAGACAGGCUGGAGCAGAGGGAGGAAGCUGAAGGAGAAGAUGUGCCUGAGUCUGUGAUGCUGGAAAUGAAAGCCAACUUCUCUCUUCCGGAGAAAUGUGAUUUCAUAGAUGAAGUCCUGUACCAAGAGCUUGCAAAGGAGGAGGCCCAGCCCCUCGUCACCAAAUACAAGGAAGAAGCCAGGAAACUGCUCCCACCCUCCGAAAAGCGGACGAAUCGGCGCAACAAUCGCAACAAACGCAACCGCCAGAACCGCAACCGCGGCCAGGGAUAUGCUGGUGGCCAGCGCCGAGGAGGCUACAACAAUCGGGCUUAUGGGCAGCAGCAACAGCAGCAGCAGCAGUACUGGGGGCAGCCUGGAAACAGAGGUGGAUAUCGUAACUUCUACGAGCGAUACAGGGGGGACUACAAUCGGUUCUACGGGCGUGAUUAUGAGUACAACAGAUACAGAGACUACUACAGGGACUACAACCGAGAGUGGCAGAACUACUACCAAGACAGAGACCGAUACUACAGGAACUACUAUGGAGGAUACCAGGGGUACCGGUGAAACCCCAACCAUCUCCACCCUUCAGCCAACCAGCGAGGCUCUAUUUGGGGGGCAGGGGGGGUGUCUGUCACUUCCCAAGACACAACAUAAUGGAUGUGGGGCUGUUGGGGAAAAGUGGCAGCAGGGUUGAGGGGGGCGGGAGGGGGAGGUUAAAAAAAAAGAAAUUGUAAAUUUUUUUUAAAGUUUGUUGAAAAGAAUAUUGUCUUAUUCUAUAAAAAAACAAAAAAAACAUUUCAAACCUAGUUUAGACAUUUGUAAUCAAAACGUUUGCGCAAGCAGGAGAGCAGCACUUAGCGCUGCCUGUGAUUGGGCAGGAAAACAUGACAUCAUAGAGCAGCUGGACGGGAAGGGAGGUGCAGGGCUCACAUGGCAAAGGGGGAGGCGCAAAUGAGGGCAUGCAGGGAUAAGCGGGUGGCUGUUUGGGCGGAGGGAAGGGGACGGGAUACAACUUUUGGCUUCUCCUAACUCGUGCAGAAAAACCGCACUUCCUGAGCAUUGUCACUCUGUUUUUCCAGGCCAGGGUGGUGGCGGCAUGAAUGUUCUUCCUUCUAGUUGAACCAAGGAAACCUUUCCCCAUCCUGUAGCCACCAAGAGCGAACAAGAGAGGUCUUGAUGUUCCUCUUUCAGAGUUCGGCCUACGUUUUCAGACAGUGAAUUGCCAGGAGGCUUGUUUGACCUCAUGUCGCUCAGGCCACAGAGGCUUUUCUUGAGCUUUCUCCCUAUUUCUGCAGGUGCCUCACCUUGAAAUCUCAGCGGCUUGCUUAUUUGUGACCCAUCAGACGGAAGGAAGCGCAGGAGUUUAGUUCGCCACAUUCCCAAGUUCUUCCCGGGUCAAAGCAAGCUGCCUUGGGUGCCCUUUCUGCACCCUCCUUCCUUUCCUCCCAAGGCUUAGUUGGCCCUCUCAUCAUCUCUAUAGUAUCUGUCCUCUUUUUUUUUCCUUUUUCUUCUUAAGUGGAGUGGAAAGAACAUUUUUCUCAGGGUUUCUGCAGGAUCUUCUCAUUGUUAGCACCUAACAUGUAUAUAAGCAAAACUGCAAGCAUGUAACUGUCACCUUUUGAGAAGCUUAGUGCUGAGAAUACCAACUGGUUUUAUACAGUCAUUGUGGGGAAGGGGGGUGUUCUGUCCUUGUGGUUUUGAUAAACUGGUAGCCUGUGUAAAUAGGAACAUGGGGAGGGGCGAAGAGGAUCUGCGCUUGUGGGGUGGGUGGGGUGACAGGUGUGUAUAUGUGUGUGUGUGUCCUUGAAAUAUGUUGACUUCUUGAUCCUGGCCCUUUGAUGAAGCUUAAUUAUUUUUCCAGUUCCUAGAGGCUUCUAUUGAUGCUUCCUCUUUUCUUUUUUUUAACCACACUAGUGUGCCUAGCUAUAAUUCUUAAAGCAUCCUCUUCCAUGUUUGUCCAGUCGUGCAGAUGGAAGAAAAUCUUAGGCUUCUUGGGUCGAGUGGCUGGUGUUCUUUCCGGGAUGUGGGUGGGAAUUUAUGUGUGUUGCAGGGGGACCUAUUCCCCAUCCUGUGGGUUGAUUUAUUUUGCUUCAUCGUAGGCUUUCUUCCACAGAACGAUGGGGGACUUUUAACAACAGGAUGUUCUUCCUUAAGACACAUUGUGUAAACGCUCCCUAGUUUCUUGGUACCACCUUUUUCCAGCUUGACUAAAUUAUGUCUGUUCCCAGACACAGGGAUUGAAGAUUUGCCUCUGUUCCUUGUGAUUCACUGUUUGAAAUUUUAACACUUGUUUUUCUUUUUAGAUUGUUGGGUUUAAAUUUAUUUUGUUUUGUUUUUUGGCUACACAAGAAUUCUCUUUCCAGCCUUUGCAAAUGGUUCUUGUCUCCCCAUUAAGAAUGCUCAUUCCUGCAUCCCAGCCUGACAGAACAGAAGUGGGGAGCCUGCCAAGUCAUUUGAAAAGGGGGCUGAUGUGGGGUGGGGAGGGAGUGCGGAGGGCAGCAGCCACCUCCUCGCCCUCUUGCCUUUUUUCAAAUAUAGGAGUUAGAGAGAAGCAGGAUUCUUCUAUCUCCGUGCAUGUGUGUAUUCAGAAUGUGUGGUUGUGUGACAACUGUUUUUAUAACAAAGUUAACUGGUAUUUUACAUGCUUCAGGCCACUAGAAAAUAUUCUUCCGGGGAAGAAGGGGUUGUGUGUGAGAGAGAGUGCGCACGCAGAUAGCUUCAUUAACUGAACACUCGCAUGGGAGCGUGAUAGAUUGAUGCUGUGGAAAGUUGGUCUUGGGCGUGAUUACCAGCAUACAGAGUGCCAGCAGCCUUGAUGAAAGCAAGAAGGUCCUCGGUCAUGCCUCUCCAGGGGAUCACUUCGAGAAGUUGCUGAUGCUGUUCAGUGGAAUAGCUUUUUGGAGCUAUGGUCCUUUUAAAAAGUAGAAUCUCAAAAGAAUGACACACACUUGUCUUCCUGUGUGUGUUUUUGUGUGGGGGGAGGGAAUGACUAAAACUGCCGCAUCCUAGACCAUCAGACUGAGAGAUCUUAGCAACUUUAGUAGAUGUCUUCUUUUUUCUGCACAUUUUUGUAAAAAAAAAAAGGAAAGGAAAAAAAAAGAAAUGGUAAAAAUAACAAAAAAUAGAAAAAAAAUUCAGCCUGUUUAAAAUCUGUUAGUGUUUUUCAUGAUUGUAUGUCUUAGUUGCUGUAGAUGGAAAGCUCAAGCGAAACGGAGGCUGUAAAUGUUUUUACGAACUGUAAAACGUUUAAGUGGCCAGUAAAAAAGGGUUUUGCCAUUGAACAUGUAACUGUGUGGUUGUUUACAUCUGUAACUUUCUUUCCUUAACAAUUCUGGCAUAUGUAGGUUGAAAAACUUCCAUUUUUAGAAUAAAUAAUCAUUCGCUUGACUCCACAUCCUUCUGUUGCUGCGCUGACUUCUUAGGUGUCGUUGUUUAAUGCUUUUGGCUUGUCUGUUCUCUCUCCCUCCCCCAAAAAUAAAAAACUCAAAGACCAAA